GGUAAUCUAUAACGUCCAUUGGAGUUAACCAACCCUGAAACAUAACCUGCUCCAGAGCAGAGAAUAAGUUGCUCUGGCUAUUUACUUAGUUACUCAGUUUUUGGAACUGAAAGCUGAGUUUAUCCGCUUAAUUCCCCUUAAACACAAUGUCACAUUACUUGCUUCCUGUAAUACCCCCUGCUGACAUGGCAAUUCAAAUCUCUACAACCUACCCACAUAAUAAAAAAAAAACAACAACAAAAAAAAAAACUGAAAAUUUUCAAAUCAUUUAAAAAUCAUAAGUUUAUAAAAAGAUUAAAAGGAUACAUUUAAAUAAUAUAAUAUGGUAUUUGAUUGGUUGGUACAUGUUGCAUUUGAGGCAAUGUUCCAACUUAGGCAUGUUUUUAUGAACAUAUAAUUGCCUAAGAUGCUUUAGAUCACCAUCCUGUCUUAGUGUCUUCAGAGAAGUUCACAGAAUGAAGUAAUAGUUUCGUGGUACCGUGGGAAGAAAAGAACAGCAAAAUGAGUCACCUCACACCUUUACCUAUAGAUGUAGACAAAUAUAGCAGCUGACCUCAUUCUGUGGUCAAUCCAGUAUAUCAUAUUUUAUAACAUUAAGAACAAAAAUUGCCUGUUACUUUGCACAAAUACCAGUUGUAAUGUUCUUAAUGGCUUUGCAGAUAUUCGGCACAUUUGUAAAUCUUGUGUUCUUAGGUCAGGCUUUCACCAUCAUGCUGGUGUACAUAUGGAGCCGGAGGAACCCAAGCGUGCGCAUGAAUUUCUUUGGCCUUUUGAAUUUCCAGGCUCCUUUCCUCCCGUGGGUGCUCAUGGGAUUCUCUCUACUGUUGGGAAACUCCAUCAUUGUGGACCUUUUAGGCAUUGCAGUGGGACACGUGUACUACUUUCUGGAGGAUGUGUUUCCCAACCAACCUGGUGGUGGCAGAUGGCUGAGGACUCCCUCCAUCCUUAAGAUGCUGUUUGAUACACCUGAGGAAGAUGCCAACUACAACCCUCUCCCUGAGGACCGUCCAGGAGGUUUUGCCUGGGGAGAGUCACAGACAAUAAGGAUGCUAGUCUCAACCCCCAUGUGCUUGCCGCCUAAUGGACAUCUCUGAGAGCAAGAGAAGGAAAAUCUUCUUCUUUUAACUCGUUUCUCUUGUGUAGAACAGAACAGGAGCUCCACUCACUGAGCAAGAGAGAGACUUGUAGUUUGUGUGCACAGAAAUCAUACGCCUCGAAAUAUCUCCAAGGCCCGCAAUGGUCUUCUGACUGUGGACAUGGGUUUAAAAAAAGAACCGACUUUUGAUAUGUGGCUGUUGCUGUCCUGAACAACAGCGAAUACAACACAAGCAGCUGUGAAAGACAAAUAUCUAUUGAUAGUCACCAUUUUUUUUUCUUUCUUUUUUUUAAGAAUAAAUGUAUAAAAAAGUUUCAGAGUA